CUAACACUGCCCACAUACCACAGGGCUUAUUGAUCAAAGGGAAUUUCCUACUCCAACCUGCAGCUCGGUCCCUUAAUGAUAAUGCUUCAAAAAUGACGGGCCCAGUCGUUGGCCUCUUCGCUUCCAAGCCACACUUUGGCCCAGCGGCAGCAGAGCGGUGGCUGAGUUAGGUGCAACGGAAACUUAACUUGAACUUCCACCCCUGCUGUUUUUGGGUGGCCAUCGAGUCAGUCGUCACGAUGCUGACAUGAGCGGGGACGGCUGCAGGGCCCUCGGGGGCGUAUAAAGGUGAGAAGGACCCCUCAAAACUCAGCCCCCGCUGCUUGUGGGAACCCGGUGACUUAACACCUGGUUCUACACGGCUGUGACUCACGCUCAAGUUCACCUCGCUCCAGCAGAGCAGCCGCCCCUGCGAAGGGGGAUUCACGCCCAGCGUCCCUCGAACGCACCAGCUGUGUAGACAAGGGAGCAUCAAUGCAUGGGCCUGGCCAUCCCAAACCCGUUGGGGGAGAAAGGGCAACGUGUCUGGAUUCAAGAUGGCCAAGCCCAGCAGGAAACCGCCACUGAAUCUUUGAACACUUUAUUGUCACGGCCAUUUUGAAGGCAGAAUUUCUCGUGCCGGGGGCUCGCUGCCCAACUGGACGGCUUUCUGUUGGCACCCCGAAGGUUCUAAUACUGCCUCUCCCUCUGGUGUCAGUUGCUCUUGGGUAAGGAUGUGAGACCUGCUAAUGAAGGAAAUCCCCAGCGCAGAGAUAGGAAGGAAAUCCACCAGCCCCUGACAGAUGCUACUUCUUGAUUUUGGAGGCAUCGCUCGCCUUGGUGUGCACGUAUAUCUCAGCGGCUGGCCUUCCACACAGCAUCCCUUGCUGGGUGCUGCCUUCGUUUGCUGCCUGGACCAUGACUGAGGAAAUUAUCUACGCUGAUAUAAAUGUUCUGGAAGACGCAUCCCCCACCAGCCAACCCUCUCCCCCUAAGCACCACAAUCUCCGGGGAUUUUCACACUGGCCCGGGUUCGUUCUGUGGAUUGCUUUGGCUGGCGACGUGAUCCUGGCUACAGCGGUAAUUGCACUGGGGCUGCAGGUUUUCCAGGGCCGCUCCCCGCAGACGGACACUGGCGCCGUCUCAUCGGUCCCCGAGAGCAGCAGUGUCGCUCAGAGACACUUCCCCGGCACAGAAUGCAACAGGAGCCUGGAGGACUUGGUGUCUCGCCUGAAGCAGGGUCUGUGUCACUCAGCCCAGAGCCCCUCAGCAGACGGCUCCAGCUGCAAACUCUGCCCCAUGGACUGGCUGUCGCACAGGGGAAAGUGUUACUGGUUUUCCAAAGACAGCAAAACCUGGAACGAGAGCCGUGCUGACUGCUCAGCGAAGAGCUCUCGAAAGCUAGUGAUCCAGGACGGGGAGGAGAUGGCGUUCAUACAGAACAUCACACGGGGUCUAUAUCAUGUCUGGCUCGGGCUCCGGGUUACAUCUCCAGAGAAGAACUGGACCUGGGUGGACAGCUCCAUGUUAGACCAAACUCUGUUCCCAGUAACGGGGCCUGCCGACAUGAACAGCUGCGGGGUGAUAAAAGGGAAUCGGAUUCACUCUGAAACCUGCAGUGCUGAAUUCAAAUGGAUUUGCCAGAAGGAAGCCAUGCCGCUAUAAACAGUGGCAUUAGGGACACUCAUUCCUGUAACAGACUGGUACACUGCCUUGGGUUUCAGUCUUCGGGCCAGACUUUCAGGACCGGAUGUGCCUGAGGAGACAUGUACGUGCAUCCUCAAACCAGCUAUGUGUAUCUUCAGCUCAGGUAAAUGCGUGUGCAAAGCAGGCCCAAGGCCAAAGGCGCAUCUCAUGGACGUGAACACUGCAUCACUGACUCUGGCCCAGCAAGAACACAGCUCUUCCUCCCACUGUCUUCCCUUCCACCAUCAUCGAUUCCCUAGCUCCACCCCUUCCUCCUUCACCCCCGUUGCCUCUUCUGCUUUCUGGCUCUCACGCCCGGUACUUUAAUUCCCUUGUUCUCCACCUAGCUCAGUGGGAGGGACGCUUUCACAUCCUUGUUCUCCUGGAUCUGGUCUCUCUGCCAUCUCCUCAGCUCUCCUGGGUCUUCUCCUGCUUUUCUGACUAUCCUUCCUUCGGCAUCUCCUUGACAACCUUGAAACCUUUUUAACCCAAUGUUUUUCAAAUCACGUGUUUCAUGAAAGCUGACAAUGGCUCUCGAACAGUUUCAGUUUCGAGGAGUUGGCAUUUUCUGACAAAAAAAAAAAAUCAGAACGUUGCUAACCACAACUACGCGUUUCUCAGAUUUUUGUGAAUUUUUAAUCAUUUGUAAUUUCUAACCACCUCUCUUCAUUUCCCAUUUUUAAUAAAUUAUCAACAUUUUAUAAUCUUUCAUUUUCAGAAUAAGGCUAUUGUAAUGUUUUUGGCAGUUUAGGCACAUGGUGGAUUUUUAUUUAAUUAUUUCACAUUUUUUGUAAAAAUUUGUUUGCAAAAGGAAAGCAAUAAACAACAAAUGCUCAAGGGAAAAUUUGCUAAAAAUAGGGGGAAAAUUUUAAAAAGAAAUUAUUUUUAAUGAAAAAUAUUGAUGUUGAGAAAAGGUCAUUUUUGACCAAAAACUCCCCCAAACAAACCAACUUAUAUUUCAAAAAUAUUGACCAAAUAAAACUUUUUUAAAAAUUACAAAAAUUGAUAUUGCUGAUCUAUUUAAGACAAAGCAAAAAAAAAAAAUUAAAACUGCCAAGCCCUUUACACCACAAAGCAGCAAAUUAGCAAAUAAAAAGACUUAUUUUACUGCAUUUUAUACAUUGUAGUACCUUGCAUAGCCACCAGAUUUCACUGCUCUCACAAAUGUAAUGCCAUAAACUAGCAUUAAAUGAGAAAAUAGUCAAAUUGCAACACAGCUCUGUGUUAUCUACAGCUCAAAGCAUGUUAACCUUUUGGGAAUUAGAACGCUCAUAUGUGGGUGCUGUAUGCAGAAGGAGAUGGGACUGUGGUUGUGUCUCCGUGUGUCUGUGCAGCACAGCACACUGGGGCCCUGAUCUCAGCUGGGGCAGGGACUGUCUCACUGUAUGUCUGGGCAGCACCUGGCAUAAUGGGACCCAUACCUUUACUGGGGUAUCUGGGUCUAUAGUAAUAUACAUAAUAAUACCGGGAA